CAGGUUGCUGCAGUGAUUGGUCCGAAGCCACCGUUUACGCAACAUGUCCUCUCACUCUCUCCAUCGCUUCUCUGCAUCUCGUCUGCUUUUGUGAUCAAUCCAAUUUCUCGAAAACGCUCCCUCGCAUACUCUAUUCUUCGUUGUCAUUCUCUAUCCGAACUUUUGGAAGGCUUCCACCUCAUAUAUUAAGUUUAAGAACUCCGAUCCAGACGUCACCCCAGUCUCCAUAAACCUGGGGAUUUACAUCCCCACAAUCCAGCUUGUCCUCGAAAGCUCUUAACCCAUCUUAUCUUCCGAUCGCAUCACAUUCGCAAACAUGCGCACUUCAUCAAUACUUCUUGCUCUUCCGGCACUAGCUCUGGCCGAAACCCAGGCACGACUGGGCUUUUUGGACAAGAUCAAGGCCGCGUUCGAGACUGCAUCCAGCUACAUCCCGAGCGCCAUCCCCUCCGUCAUCCCGGACCCCGUUGAUGCUGGUGCAGCAAAAGUGGCAGCGCGUGCGGUUCACCAGCUCACUCUGGACAACUGGGAGAGUACCCUGUCGUCGGAACGAUCAGAGAAGAGCACCGGACCUGAGCAAUGGAUGGUGUAUCUCACUGGUGGCAACAAGACAUGCUACGGUCUAUGCAACGAUGCUGAUGCUGCUUGGAAUAAAUCAGCAGCGGUGCUUGCUGUAUCGCCCGACGGCCCGCAUCUUGCCACCGUGGAUUGCGAGCAGGAAAUGAUCCUAUGCAAUGCAUGGGCUGCUGGUCCUCCUUCGAUUUAUUACUUCCUGAUUCCGCAGCCUCUGCCCGAUCAAACUAAGCCAGCGACCACCGUUCACUACAUUCCUCUCAACAGAACCUCGGUGACUGCUAUCGAAAUCACCGAGCUGUACACCAAGCAGAAGUACGCAGAAACUGCACCGUAUGAAGGCUAUUUCCAUCCAUUUGACAGCCCGCUGGUCAAGUUUGGUGUAAUAGUUCCAAUGGCCUAUGUCAUGUGGGGCUUUUCAAAGAUGCCAAGCUGGCUGCCUAUGGUCUUAGUCUCGUUUCUUUCAAGAACGUUCAUGGGUCGUCGGCUGCCACAAGCUCAAGGUGGUGCUCAAGGUCGUGGGGCACCUGCACCAGCAGCCCAAUAGAAAUAACUAGGCCGCGGGCGAGCGCACGAGAAAUCACGCUACACCCACGUGACCUUCACGACGACCGUACGACUAUGGUGGAAGGGCGCGUCAAGAUCGACAAAUCUUUGGCGUUUCUGGGGAGCAACAUCAUCGUAUGGCUUGUUUUAUGUCUGCGCUGGCGAUAAGACAGGCCAACAUCUUUUGCCGUCAGGCCAUCAUGCAGAUACCUUAGGACGACUUGAAUUAAAUUAUAAUGCUACCUUUUUUUCCACUGCGCACGAGUUCGUACAUUCUGUAUCCAGUCUCCCCGAAAACUCAUCGACCACCUUCAAAUGAAAAAUCAAACGCUGAUGUAAUUCAGUUCCUGUGAGCGAACCCUUUCCGAGAUCUAUACACAAUCUGCUCCUCCAUUAGGGAUCUCUGUUCGGCUUCUAAAAGCAUAUCAAGAAAGGGAGAAUGUCCUGCUAAAGCCACAUGUUUUGCUCUAACGGAAAAGCAUGGGGUUUCUGGUGAAAAAAAAAAUACCUCAAAUUGGUGGAUACUACCAGGGCGCGGUGAACUGUUCGACGUCCAUACCUAGGCCUCUUGUUAAGGCACCAAACUAGCAUCAUGUCAUUACUCUGUCCUCGGCUGUUCUUGUUCUGGUAGCGGUCCUUGACGCGCGUCUCAUCCUAGAAAUGUUCCGUAAUGGUACUUUUCCAACG